AUGGAGCGCUCGUCCUCGCUCAAGGACCGGUUCACGCGGAGCAAGCUGCGCGGGGGCAGCGACCAGGGCGCGCGAGCGGUGUCGGACUCGUUCGACCAGGACCCCGGCGACGGGUCCGAGGUGUCGCUCGUGAUCGCGGAAAAAAUCCUCAAGGCGGUGGUGGAGUCGCUCACGCGGGCCAUCGAGCUGGUGCCCGGGAGAAUCAACGAGUACUCGCUCGAGAUGUUCGACAUUCUGAUCAUGAGCUACGGCCAGUCGUAUCUGGCGAUUGAGCUCGAAAACCUGUACUACAACGGGAUUCUGGUGCAGCAGCAGAAACUCGCGUCGUUCUUUGGCUCCAGCGAGAUCAACCUCAAGUUUGUGGAGCAGAUCGGCCUGGUAGAUCAAAAACAGACUCAGCCUCAUGUUCAACUCGUAUCUGCAGGACGUCGAGCUCGGUCUCAACAUCAUCGUGGACGAGCUGCUCGAGCUGAUCGAGCGCAACAUGAAAAACAUCCUCAGCGGCCAGGCCAUGGACGAUUUCCAGCCGGCGACGCAGCCGACGAUCGACAGAACAGAAACCUGCGACAAGAUGCUCCGCUUCCUCGACAGAGUGUUCCGCGCGCUGUACGACCAUCUGGGCUUCAACCCGACGCUGAAAAUGGACACCAUCCGCCGCAUCCUCGCGAGCCUGCUCACGCUGCUCAUCGGCCACUUCACGCGGUUCCGCGUCAACUCAAACGGCUCUCUCGUGCUCACCCAGGACGUGAUCCACUACAUCUCCGUUUUAGACGCCUACGACGGCCUGGACGACAUGAAGCAGCAGUUCAGCAUCCUCCGCGAGCUCACAAACCUGUUUUCGUGCCAGCCCGAGCUGCUCAAAGACCUGUGCAACGAGGGCCAGCUGAUCUACCUCAAGAAGUCCGUGCUGAAACAAUACAUCUCGCGGCGGUCGGACUUCGACCCGAAAUUUCUACAGGGUGUGUAGCAGCAGCAUAA